GGCAGAACCGGAAGUGCAGGCAGCGACCGACGCGGCGAGGCGAGAUGGCGGCGACCAAGAGAAAGCGGCGUGGAGGCUUGGAGGUUCAAGCGAAGAAGCCAAAAAGGAGCUCGAAAGAUGCCGGGCAGCCAGCUAAGCAGGCCGAUGUGGCCAAAGAGGCGGAGGAGGAAAAUAGAGAUCGUAUUCCAGGUCCGGUUUGCAAGGGCAAAUGGAAAAAUAAGGAACGGAUCCUCAUCUUUUCUUCCAGAGGAAUAAAUUUCAGAACAAGACACUUAAUGCAGGACUUGAGAAUGUUGAUGCCUCAUUCUAAAGCAGAUACUAAAAUGGAUCGUAAAGAUAAAUUAUUUGUGAUAAAUGAGGUCUGUGAAAUGAAAAAUUGCAACAAAUGCAUCUACUUUGAAGCUAAGAAAAAACAGGAUCUCUAUAUGUGGCUUUCAAAUUCACCUCAUGGUCCAUCUGCCAAAUUCUUGGUUCAAAAUAUUCAUACCCUGGCUGAAUUAAAGAUGACUGGAAACUGUUUGAAAGGUUCUCGGCCCCUUUUGUCUUUUGACCCUGCUUUUGAUGACUUGCCACAUUAUGCUUUGUUAAAGGAAUUCUUAAUUCAGAUCUUCAGUACGCCACGAUACCAUCCCAAGAGUCAGCCGUUUGUGGACCACGUGUUUACGUUCACCAUUCUGGAUAACAGGAUAUGGUUCCGGAACUUCCAGAUUAUAGAAGAAGACGCUGCUCUAGUGGAAAUAGGACCUCGUUUUGUUUUAAAUCUCAUAAAGAUUUUUCAGGGAAGCUUUGGAGGACCAACCUUAUAUGAAAAUCCUCAUUACCAGUCUCCAAACAUGCAUCGGCGUGUCAUAAGAUCCAUCACAGCUGCCAAGUAUAGAGAGAGACAGCAAGUCAAAGAUGUUCAGAAACUGAGGAAGAAAGAACCAAAGACUAUCCUUCCACAUGACCCCACUGCAGACGUGUUUGUUAUACCAGCGGAGGAGAAGCCAGUAGAAAUACAGUGGGUGAAACCAGAGCCUAAAGUAGAUCUGAAAGCAAGGAAGAGACGGAUUUACAAAAGGCAUCGGAAACUGCAACAGAAGAUGAGCAGAGGGAGUGCAAAGUGAAUCAGAGGAUAACUGUAUUUAUUUUGUAUUCCAUGUGUAAAUACUUUUAGUAUACAGAACGAGCUAUGCCUAAUUAGGGCACCAUUUUAAAAAACUGAAAUCUUUAAGUCGGUGUUGGUCUUUUUCUAAUAAAGCAUCUUAACUCACCAGCUACUUUAUUCUUUUCAGAGCCUCACUUAGCACACUUACGAGUUGGCUUGCCCUGUUUGCUUAGAAUUGCAGUGUGGUUAAGCUGAUAUUCAAGCAGACUAGUUGGGUCUGUAAUUACUUACCAAGACGUUAGGGACUUUAGAGUGGAUUUUUUUUGUGGGUGGCAGAGUGGAGGAGAUGGUCAUUUACUGAGUUUUCUCUGCUGAAGUCACGAAUUCAUGAAGCCUUGAGAAGCCGACUUGUGAUUGUUAACGGAUAUUUGAUCUCACUGAACCACCAAAUUGUGGUGUUUACUGAAAAAAACCUGUUCUAGUUGUGGCUCAGCCUUUGCACACACCUUUAAUCCCGAGGGCUGAAAUACUGACACACCAUUAAUCCCAAACAAGGUAACAUCAGUUUGUAGAAGGAAACACCCUUGUUUGAAGGUGAUAUAUAAUUACGUGGCAGACAAAGUGACGAGUCAGAAAAAGAUGGGAGAGAAUAGGAUAUGCCCGAUGCGGGAGGAGAGAGGCUCUUGAGAGCAGCAGAGAAGGCAGCUUCACUGGCACAGUUGCACAGAGACGUGCUGAAGAAAGAAUGAGCCAGAAGAUUAGAACAGAUAGCCAGAGUUCAUUUGAGGUCAAGCACAGCAAAGAGGCCAAGAGAGAAGUCAGAUUGAAUCCGUCAGCUUGGAGAGGAGUUUGAGCCAGAACACCUGAGUUGAAUCAGCUAGCUGGAGAUCAGAAAACUAGAAAGGGUGAGCUUAAUUCAGUCUGUUGAGGCUGAAGGCACUCUAGGCCUGGAAUACAUUGUACAGAGGCUAGAAGCUUCCAGGACUAGACCUAGGUUAGACUGAGUAUGCCUCGGAGACAACGAUGACAUCAGGAGAAUACAAGUUACUUUGACAUCUGAUCAUUUCAGUGCCUCUACCUCUGGUGCAUCCAAGUCUUAGGUUUUGAAAAACAAGACCUGUUUGUAAGCAGUUUUAAAUUUAUCUUAGACAACUUCAGAUUCUAGAGAGCAGUAGCAACAGGGAAAACAGCAACCUGAGCCACCAGUGAUGAUGGGGAUAGCUGACUAGGGAGAUGCAUGAACAUAGAUGAUAUAUAUAUAUAUAUAUAUAUAUAUAUAUAUAUAUAUAUUAUACACACACACACACCCAUAUAUACAUAUAUGUAUGUGUAUAUAUAUAUGUGCGUAUAUGUGUUGUAUCAGAUGGUUUUGUCACAUCUUUUCACCUAACAGUGUAUGUUUUUUCACAUCUGCAGCAUGUUUAUUAACUAGACAUAUAUGUGUUACCCAUUCAGAGAUAGUUCAGUUUUUGUGUUUCUAGUAUGGUGCCUGUGGUAAAUAUUUCUGUACAGAAAUCCCUUUGUACAGUACUUGUUAAAUAAAACUCUGGUCAAGGUUUUUUUCUAG